AUGCUAGUUCACCUUAUGCCAAGGAACAACGGGAAAGUCAAAUAUAAAAAAGAAAGAUCAUCAGGCAUGGAGCCCAUGUGCUGGUCCAGCUUCAUGACCAGCAGUAUGCAGCUGGCCAAAGAGUGUCUAAGCCAAAGACUCACUGAUGAUCAGGGAGAGAGCUUGCAACCUCUGGAGGGUCUGGAAAAGUUUGCAGAGACUAUUGAGACAGUGUUGAGGAGAGUCAAGGUCACUUUUGUGGAUACUGUCCUGCGGAUGGAACACGUUCCUGAAAAUUCUAAAACUGGCAUUGCCCUCGAACUCCGAAUCAAUAAGAUGGUUUACUGUGAUGAGAGUGUGGAGGAGGGCUCCAGUGUCAAUAUCCAUCAGCCUACUACAUUUGCACAUAAAAACGUCACUCUGGAAGGUGCCUAUGUGUUCUGGGAUGAGUUUUCAGAAUCAGCACGUGCCGGCCUCAAAUCGUCCCCCACUCAAACAGAAACUGAACCCAAGCUUUCGCCGAGUUGGAACCCAAAAAUCAUCUGUGAGCCUCACCCUCAGUUCCCAGAACCUGUGUCUUCUAGUACACCAUUUGAGCCAGUGCAGAUGGGCUGCCUUUGUGGUAAACUGGAGCUGUCCAUGGUUCUGAAGCAAAAUGAAGCCAUGCCCGGAGCUAAGUUGGAUAUUGAUGGGCAGUUUGAUUCUCUAAUCAUGCUGCUUUCACCACAACAAGUCCACCUCCUACUGGACAUGUUUGGGGUUUUCUCUAGCUCAGCUGUACAGGAGUGGUCUGCUAUAGGAAAGGAUAGGAAGAGUCGGCCCAUGCAGCAGGAGGAUGAGUAUCGCCUCCACAUGGAGCUCAACCGCUGCCUGAAGAAAGACACCAUUACAGGUGCCACUGACCAGGACCUGUUUGAAAGCCAGACCACCAGAACGGUGUACAGUAGAGAGGACGUCUUUUUCUCUAUGGCUGAUAUGGACAUGUCACACAGCCUGUCAUCUUUGCCUCCUCUUGGGGAUCCACCCACUGUGGAUCUAGAUUUGUCUGUAAAUAGCAACUACUCCACCUCCCUGGGGGAGUCGCCAUCUGGAAAUGUAGCCACGGUAUGGGACGAGUUCAUGGAUGUUCCUAGACAGAAGGAGAAGCAGACAAAUGAGAUGCCACAUCUUUCCAGAGAUUGUCAGCUUACCCAUAAGUUGCUCCGGCAGACAUCUCAUCCAUCUAAAGGCCACUGUGAUGAGUCCAGGCCUGAGCUGGUUCUCAGGCUCACAGUGGGCAGUCUCUGCCUGUCUGUCCUCCAUAUUGAUCCCCUUCCACCUCCAGACUCCUCCCGCAGCCAUCUUGCACCAAUGGCUUCAGAGUUUUUCCGUAUUCUGUCUGUAAAUCAACUCCCUGCUGGGAGUUUCCUGCAAUCACGAACUGUCUUUGAUGAAGCCUGUCCACAUGAUCAUCUCAGGGAUGUCAGAGAUGAGAGAGCUGUACAGGAGUGGUCUGCUAUAGGAAAGGAUAGGAAGAGUCGGCCCAUGCAGCAGGAGGAUGAGUAUCGCCUCCACAUGGAGCUCAACCGCUGCCUGAAGAAAGACACCAUUACAGGUGCCACUGACCAGGACCUGUUUGAAAGCCAGACCACCAGAACGGUGUACAGUAGAGAGGACGUCUUUUUCUCUAUGGCUGAUAUGGACAUGUCACACAGCCUGUCAUCUUUGCCUCCUCUUGGGGAUCCACCCACUGUGGAUCUAGAUUUGUCUGUAAAUAGCAACUACUCCACCUCCCUGGGGGAGUCGCCAUCUGGAAAUGUAGCCACGGUAUGGGACGAGUUCAUGGAUGUUCCUAGACAGAAGGAGAAGCAGACAAAUGAGAUGCCACAUCUUUCCAGAGAUUGUCAGCUUACCCAUAAGUUGCUCCGGCAGACAUCUCAUCCAUCUAAAGGCCACUGUGAUGAGUCCAGGCCUGAGCUGGUUCUCAGGCUCACAGUGGGCAGUCUCUGCCUGUCUGUCCUCCAUAUUGAUCCCCUUCCACCUCCAGACUCCUCCCGCAGCCAUCUUGCACCAAUGGCUUCAGAGUUUUUCCGUAUUCUGUCUGUAAAUCAACUCCCUGCUGGGAGUUUCCUGCAAUCACGAACUGUCUUUGAUGAAGCCUGUCCACAUGAUCAUCUCAGGUUCAUUGGUCAGGGAUUAAAGGUGGCAUACGAGCACUGUCAAGGCUCCAGUGUACGUACAUUAAACACGGAUCUCUCUCUGAGCCAGGUGGAGCUUUUGGAAUGCCUGUACUCUACUGACAGCCACACUACACAGAGUGGAAUCCAGUACACCGAGCUUCUUACAUUCGAUGUCUCAGCCAGUAGUGAUUCUCCUCCUCCUAUAUGCCUACAUUUACUCUACAAACUAACAGAACGCAGAGGCCCGCAGGGCGGGCAGGUACGUCUGAGUACUAUACCUCGUAGGGCAGAAUUGCAAGUGGAGCUGGGUAAAGUGCGCUCAGAGUGUGAUGUCAGCAUUGUGGACAGGCUCAACUCCUUACUUCAGCCUCAGAAACUGGUUACCACAGAGAUGAUGGCAUCCCACAUGUACACCUCCUACAAUAAACAUGUCAGUCUGCACAAGGCCUUCGCAGAGGUCUUCCUGGAUGAUUGUCGUACCCCAGCACACUGCCACGUGUCUGUGUCAAUAAAUGCACCUCUACUGGUGCUAGUGGUGCGGUUUCCAAUCCCAGACCUGCGCUCGGAUCAGGAGAGGGGCCCCUGGUUUAAGAAGUCCCUGCAGAAAGAGCUGCUGCAGCUGGAGCUGGAAGAUCUGGAGCUCAAGACAGAGUUCACUGGAGGAAGCUCAUCAGAGCAGACUAAGAUGGAGCUCACUUUCAAGGAGCUAAAUGGAUCUUUCCAAGAAGACAAAGAUCAUCCCGCAGCCAGGUUCUUACGAGUCGCUAACACCAUGGAGGAGGACAUGACAUCUUCUGACUGUGGCAAAUUCGACUGGCCCAGAGUGGUUCUGAAGGUGAACCCCAUGGCUGUGCGCUCCAUCUUAGAGCGUGUAACAGCUGAGGAAGAGGAGGAAGACGCGGACGGUCACUCACAAGAGGAAGAGGAGGAAGAAGAAGGAGCUGCCCACUCCCUGAAGGAUGUGUGUGAUUUUGGCAAACCUGAGCCAUCCCCUUUUUCCUCACGGCGUGUCAUGUAUGAGAAUGAGGAGAUGGUCAUCCCAGGAGACGUGGUGGAAAUGACGGAAUUCCAGGAGAAAACCAUUAGCAACUCCCGCUAUAUCCUUGAGCUGUUUUUCCCCAAUGUGCAGCUCUCUUUGCCCAAUAAAGACUUUUAUGAAAAACUACACAACAGGAUUAAUAAUGACCUGCUGCUAUGGGAGCCCACUGCUCCAUCUCCAGUAGAGACGGUGGAGAACAUCCCGUAUGGGGUGGGUCUGUCUGUAGCCAGUCAACUCAUUAACACAUACAGUAAAGACAGCUUCAGUCAGUUCAGAUCUGCUGGCCCUGAGGAGGAGGAGAGUGGUUCUGAGGAAGAAAUCCUGCAGUAUUACACGCCUGCUGAACUGGGCUAUAGGAACAGGAGAAAGAAGAGGAGUAAGAUGCAGCCUAAGAACUCUCAGAGCCUCUUUUCCAUCGUCCUGUCUGUUAACCACGGCCUGCUGGCUCUGCACACACAGCUAAAGCAGGAUGAUAAUAGUGUGUUACCAAAAAAACAUGGUGAAUUUUGGAUGGAGGUAAAAAACGGGACACUGUUUGGUGUGACGCAGCAUGAAGGCUACAAAGACCAGCAUUAUGUCUGCUUCCACACGUCUCAGGCCUGCAUCUAUCACAAAGGCACGGUGGAUGGAGAUGCCCCUCAGUGGAAUGUUAAUCUGCCCUGCAGGACGCGUCCUCAUUGGCUGGAGCCUGUGAUGUAUGCAUCUGAAUCUGCCCCAGAAAGGACAUCUCCCUCUGAGGGGCUCAGUUUGGAGCCCCAUAGCAUGCUGUCUGUCGCUGUUAAAAUUUCCUCCCACAACACAGAGCGCAAUGUCAAGGAGUUUCUCACAGCCAUUGGCAUGAGGGGAGUUAAGCUGGAGCACAGAGUGGUGCCUUCAAGUCUGGGCUGGUAUGACCAGAUAGUCAACUUUUUAAAUGUGUCAAAUGAGCCGGUGCUUGGCUACACACCCCCAUCAUCUGUGUCCACCCUCCACCUGCAUCUGUGGAGCUGCUCACUGGAUUACAGAGAGAUAAAUAAUGCCUCAAAAAUGGCACCUUUGCUUCCUGAAGCGGAGCAGCAAAUUCUUCAAGAUCUGAUGAGUGAUGCUAUGGAAGAGACUGACAGCCUUCAGAGUCAUAUGCUGCAACAGAACGGUGUCAACGAAGACCAUUCACAUGAUCAUGAGCCGCCCCGAUCUGAUCUCUUCCUUUUCCCUGAUGAGAGCGGAAACCUGGGGCAGGAACCAAACCCCACUUACCCAACCCUGCACUCCCCACUCAUCUCUCCUCCUGCCCCCUCUUUGCUCCAAGACACUGAUGACUUCUGCAUCCUGGACACGCCGGGCUCCAGAGUACCGGAAAAGGAUGAGGAGCCUGUGGUAAAGAAGCUGAUCUCUGAAACCAUCCUUGUGAGGGAAGAACAUUUCAGUGUCCCUCUGGAGGGCAGCAGCUCUAAUAGGGGUCCGCUUCACUUCCCUGUGCCGGAAAUCAGAUACCUGAUCAAAGAGAUCUCUGUAGUGUGGCACCUCUAUGGAGGAAAAGACUUCUGUGGAGGCGCAUUGUCCUCAUCCCCAGCUCGCAGUCGAGGGUGCACUCCUCACAGCUCUCCAUCACAGACUCCUGUAAAACAGAUGAGAAGAGGCUCCCGUGCUGGAGGAGGAUGGGGCAGAAACCCUGAUGUCCUGAUGGAGAUUCAACUCAGUAAGGUGCGGUUCCAGCAUGAGGUGUAUCCUCAGAAGGCUCCAGAGGCAGGCGUUUUGAAGGAGCAGCCGGUGUCCAGACAGGUGUUCUCAGUGCAGGAUCUGGAGAUACGAGACAGGCUGGCCUCUUCCAUGAUGAACAAGUUCCUCUAUCUAUACUCCAGUAAAGAGAUGCCCAGGAAAGCUCACUCCAACAUGUUGACUGUCAGAGCCCUGCACAUGUGUCCAGAAACUGGACAGGCGCCUCAGGAGUGCUGUCUACGUGUGUCACUAAUGCCCCUCCGGCUAAACAUUGAUCAGGAUGCAUUGUUCUUCCUGAAGGACUUCUUCACCAGUCUGGCAGCAGAGGUUGAGCUCUUUUCCCCACCAGAGCAGGAAGCGUUCUAUGUGUCAGUGAAGAAGCCUCCUGCCCCUGAGAUUUCGUGCAAUUUUUCUAAGUACAACGGUGCAGCGGGUCAAGACCCUGCGCCCAUCAUCUCAGUGCCAACACAAAGUCCACACCUCGUCCACACCUGCAGCCAAGACAGCACUGCUGAGACAGACACUGCCUCCACAUCUUUCACCGACCAGCCCAUAUUCUUCAGAGAGUUCAGAUUCACUUCAGAGGUGCCAAUUCGAUUAGACUACCAUGGAAAACACAUGGCCAUGGAGCAGGGCACAUUUGCUGGUAUUGUUAUUGGACUCACACAACUGAAUUGCUCGGAGCUUAAAUUACGGCGCCUGUGCUACAGACAAGGAUUACUGGGUGUUGACAAGCUCUUUUCAUAUGCCAUUAAUGAAUGGCUGAAUGACAUAAAGAAGAACCAGUUGCCAGGGCUUUUGGGAGGCGUGGGGCCCAUUCAUUCUCUGGUGCAGCUAGUUCAGGGUUUUAGGGAUCUGGUUUGGCUGCCCAUUGAGCAGUACCGUAAGGAUGGAAGAAUAGUUCGUGGCUUUCAGCGAGGCACCGCCUCCUUCGGAACCUCCACAGCAAUGGCAGCUCUGGAGCUCACCAAUCGGAUGGUGCGAACCAUACAGGCUGCUGCUGAAACGGCUUACGACAUGGUAUCUCCAGUGCCAGAUGAGAAAGAAUGCAAAAAGAUUAAACGGUACUCACAUUACUGUCUGGCCCAUCAGCCAGUGGACCUGAGAGAGGGGGUGGCCAAGGCAUACAGCGUAGUAAAAGAGGUAUGAGCACGUUGUAUCGUAGACAUAAUAUAU